AUGGGAAGAAGAGGCGCAAGGCUUUUGCAUCGCUGGCCCCUGUCCGCUGGUUUCACUUUGUCCACGAUCUUUGGUCUCAGGAGUUGCAGCUUUAGUGCUGCGGUGGGCAGCUCUGGAAGCAUUUCGGAGAGGGCCGGUCGCUUUGACGAGGCCCAGCUGACCGCAGACGUUCUGCGCAUCUUCAUCGACGGCGACUGUGUUUUCGAGUCGUUUUACCCGUACAUGCAGACUUUGGCCAAUCAGUCGAAGUUGGCGGUGUUUGUCGCGGUAAAAGGCAGCCAGAAGAUCGCCCAGGAGAGACUCCGAAGAAGGCUCCUGGAGUCUGGAAUCGACGAAUCCCAGCUUUUGCUGGUGCCCACGAGGACCGGGGCUGAGAAUGCGGCAGAUGUGGUGCUCACCUACCUCUACGGCCGCUAUGCGGGCACGAGGAACUACCUUGUUUCCGAUGACCGCAAGUGGUUCGAGGAGGUGGUGCGAGCCGAGCCCUGGAGGAUCACGAUUUGGAUCACCAGCGACCGGUUCCGGCGGCUCUGA